UAUGGUUCACCCUGUAUAUUGUUUAUUAGGAUCUGGGACAGUUACAUUAGGAUGGGCCUACUUCCUUGGUUCUAUAAUGGAGAUUGUAGGUGCCACCCUGCUGUCUGGAGAUGUUAUAGAGAAGGUUGUGAACGGAAUCGUGAAUAUAGACGCGUACACCUCCAACAAGAACAACAUCAUAGAGAACUGGAGUCCGGAGAAUGGAACCCAGGGACUAGAGGAUGAGAAGUUACUCGUCAUAGGAUGCAUGUCAGUUAUGCUUGGAAGUGGAAUAUGGCAAAUGGUUGCCUCCUUCUUCUCCUGGUCAGUAGCAGGAACACAUUGUAUUAUUUAGGAAGUGGAAUAUGGCAAAUGGUUGCCUCCUUCUUCUCCUGGUCAGUAGCAGGAACACAUUGUAUUAUUUAGGAAGUGGAAUAUGGCAAAUGGUUGCCUCCUUCUUCUCCUGGUCAGUAGCAGGAACACAUUGUAUUAUUUAGGAAGUGGAAUAUGGCAAAUGGUUGCCUCCUUCUUCUCCUGGUCAGUAGCAGGAACACAUUGUAUUAUUUAGGAAGUGGAAUAUGGCAAAUGGUUGCCUCCUUCUUCUCCUGGUCAGUAGCAGGAACACAUUGUAUUAUUUAGGAAGUGGAAUAUGGCAAAUGGUUGCCUCCUUCUUCUCCUGGUCAGUAGCAGGAACACAUUGUAUUAUUUAGGAAGUGGAAUAUGGCAAAUGGUUGCCUCCUUCUUCUCCUGGUCAGUAGCAGGAACACAUUGUAUUAUUUAGGAAGUGGAAUAUGGCAAAUGGUUGCCUCCUUCUUCUCCUGGUCAGUAGCAGGAACACAUUGUAUUAUUUAGGAAGUGGAAUAUGGCAAAUGGUUGCCUCCUUCUUCUCCUGGUCAGUAGCAGGAACACAUUGUAUUAU